CUCGCAGACAGUUGUCAGGAGUGUGGAACUGUCCUCCUUCAAGACAAGAAGCAGAAGAACUACUGCGUCGCAUGUCAGGAGCUGGAUUCCGAUGUGGACAAAGAUAACCCAGCUUUGAACCCGCAAGCGGCCCUGUCUCAGGUUCGGGAGCGACAGCGCGUCCUCAACGGGCAGGAGGAGCCACUGUGUUCCCGCUCCACUCCGGAACUCUCGCUCGAAGCCAGGUCUCUGCCCGCCCCUUGCCAGGAGCCCCCCGAGCUGGUCCCCCCCCGGGCCGAAGGCGACGCGCCCUUGGGGCCAACCCACCCGGGAGCCCCUCGUGCCGGUGCCCGCCGGGAGGCCGAGCGGGUACUCCUGCAGAGGCUGACGUGGGCCUGCGGUGAGCUGGAGCGGGCCUGCUCAGUGGAGUACAGCUCUCAGCUCUGCCUCUUGAUCAGGAACUGCGCUGACGCGCUGCACAGCUUGAAGCGGCUGGCCUAGUCACCCUCUGGGACUCCAGGGGGUGGCACUCUCUGUCAGAGGUCCGUGCCCUGAAUCCGCCAGUGGCACACCAGGGUUUCGGGGGAGGGUGCUAAUCUCUGUUUCAUUGGCUCCGGGUGCACCCUCCAAGCCACAGAAAUGUCCUGCUUUGACCUCCAGCCAUAUUUAACUUUGCACUUCUGGGGAGCAAUGAUGUCUAGAUUGUCCAUGUGACAUUUAGCAAUUAGCUGUGGUGAAAUUUGGAGUAUAUUCUAGUCUGCCUCCCUCAUAGUGUUGGAGACAACAUCAUUUAAACAGUCUCCUAACCCAGUCUAUUAGCCUUUCACGUUAUCCCUUGUCCGAUAUCUCUCGAACUAAUAAACAGAACCGUCAGAGCCCCCCACCAUGGUCGUUCAUUUUGAAAACUGUUUAAUCUUUAGUGUUUUGGAGCCUGUAGGAUAUUUCCUGGAGGUUUGACAUUCCUCCUGUGGUCCCGGAGUGUUAUGGGAAAUCCUGUCUGGAAUUGAAUAGAGGUUUUGAAAGUUUGCACAGUUGUUGUGGGGGGAGGGGGUGUUCAAAGGUCAAUAAGACACAUUAACCUUUGGGUCUGGAGAUCAACACUUGCCCACCCAGAGGAUGAAAAUUCUUGCUGAUUAUGGGACCUUUACUCUGUAUCUAACCCCCUGCUGUCCCUGUCCUGGGAGUGUUUGAUGGACAGUGUAGAGGGAUCUUUA